AUGAAAACGAAGAAGAAAUACAACUUGUGUAUUUUAAAACUUUUAAAACCAAAUCCACCGGAAUAUACACUUUAUGGAAUAUACUCUUAUGAACAAGAAGGUUGGGUAAGAAAACCAAAGGAAAACAUUGGGAAUAUGAUUGGAAAGAUCCCAAUGCACAAUACUAGUGUGACAACACCCUAUACUAAAAAUGAAAAAGAAACCACCUUGAAAUCAAGUAUAAGUAUUAAUUACACCAUAGAUAAAUGGCUAGAUGAGACCCCAAUUUUGCUAAAAAACCUGGUAGAUCAGGAUAAUGGGCCACUUAAGAAAGAUGAAGACAAUUUCACUAACCAACCAUGGUGGUUAGAGCCAUUGGAAACUCCAACAAAAAGACAUUAUGAAGAGUUUAAUAAUUACAAGAAUACUUAUCUGUGUAAUUCGGUUUGGUGGGAAGUUCCAAAUUCAUUUGAACAAAAUCUCUAUUUUCCCCAUCCCCAAAUGACGUAA